GGACCCUGCCUGCUGCUUGCAAGGCUGUUUUUCAAAAUGUGGCUUCCAUGUAUUCUCACUCCUCCUAGUUUUUUAAUUUCCCCCACUAUAAACAAAAAGCCAGCAUUGCCACGAAGUCUCCAUGGCAGCAGAGGUGUGGAAGGACAGCAGUUUCUGCUCAGGGACAGAGUCUGCUUCUUGUGAGUCCGGCUCAGCUGGCUGCUUGUUGAGGGUCUUCUGGGGCAGGGAACCCAGCUGACAAGGCUGUCGUGUUAUGACGACCCCCAACAAAGGAAACAAGGCCUUGAAGGUGAAGAGGGAGCCAGGUGAGAAUGGGACCAGCUUGACAGAUGAGGAGCUGGUGACCAUGUCUGUGCGAGAGCUGAACCAGCAUCUACGGGGCCUGUCGAAAGAGGAGAUCAUCCAGCUGAAGCAGCGCCGGCGCACGCUGAAGAACCGGGGCUACGCAGCCAGCUGCAGAGUGAAGCGUGUUACCCAGAAGGAGGAACUGGAGAAGCAGAAGGCAGAGCUGCAGCAAGAAGUAGAGAAGCUGGCCUCAGAGAACGCCAGCAUGAAAAUGGAACUUGAUGCUCUCCGCUCCAAAUACGAGGCUCUUCAGAACUUCGCCAGAACCGUGGCCCGGAGCCCCGUGACCCCUGCACGGGGGCCUCUCUCUUCCAGUAUGGGGCCCCUCGUCCCUGGCAAGGUUGCUACUACUAGUGUCAUCACAAUAGUGAAAUCCAAAACGGACGCCCGGUCUUAGUGAAGUGAGCGUUGCCUGAGCUUGUCUGUGCAGGGCAGUUAGGCACAAAACCAGCCUGGAAUCCCCAAAGCACAAGCCCUCCCCACAUGGGUCCGGGUUCCUUUGACUUGGCCCAGGACUGGCCCGCUGAUCGCUCCAGUUUAUUUUGUUGUGUCCAGAUUGGUAUGAGCAGUGGUGAUGCAUCCCUUGUCCUGUGCAGACAGAGCUUCCCACCCAGCAGUCUGUAGCCCUCGGGUGCCCUGGGGAACAGACUGUGAGAUUUUGGUUUUCUACCCAAAGAAAAUCUGUGCUGAUGGAAGGGUGGAGGAGUGGCUCGAGGAAAGCUUUCUUCCUGGGGGCUGGGAACCCUAAUUUUCGGUCACUUCCAAAGGCUUUAUUUCAUGACUCUUCCAGGUGGUGCAUCUCAGCGCCUGAACCUGCUGCUUUUGUCUCCUUUGGUACCUGUAGUUACAGUUGGGGUGUUCUGUGUCAUAGGUUUUUAUUCCUUUCUAGGUGUGCCUCUGUGCCCUAACCGUGGGUUUCCCUCAGACGUCCAUGGCGUAGCUGUGUAAACUGGCAGUGGUGGGAAGGAUGGCGCUGCUGUGUCCUGCCACUGUGGUCCUGAGGCCCUGCAGGGCCCAGCACCCUGGGAGGGAGCAAGGGAGCAGUGGUACUGUGUUGACUGCAGGCCGGUUUUGUGCCUAAUGUGUUGCACUGAACAAGACCAAAAUCACUCAUUGUUCCCGUGUUUUGAGGGUAUCAAGUGUCUCUAGUGUGAUGGUUUACACAACCAGUUUAUGUGGUUAAAUAGCCCUUUAUUUAAAGAGAGAAACAUCAUUUUAAGAGUUAUUAAAUUAUCUAAGUUUAAAAUUGGACAGAAGAGAGAGCGUAUUUAUAGUCAGCUUUUUUACCUGAGA